UCUAUGCUUUCGUAAUCUGUCAAGUGGUUAUAUUAUUAUUUCUUGUAUAAAAAUAAAACGAUAUACUUAAUCGUUUACGACGUCUGUAGUUUUCGCCUCUUAUCGGAAACCAAUAAUCUUUAGAAAAUAAAAAACGUCAAACAUGAGUAAACUUUGCAGACAGGUCUCUAUUGAGUCCCCUGGACCUACUCUUAAAGAGUGCGUGUUCAGUUUCGACGUGCCCGUGCCAGACGUGCCCAUGUACGGCGCAAGGAUUCGAGUAGUUUACGCAGGUGCUUGCUAUCGAGCCAAUCGGACUCGUUCUGCUUCAGUAUGCAGUACGUCUUCGGUUUCAUCAAUUGGAAGUUUGACUGGAGAGAUGGAAAGCUUUGGAAUACAUACACCUACACCAGCCCAUGUUGGCCUGCGUGACGGAGCCCUUUUUCCAGGGUAUGAAGUAGCCGGUAUAGUGGAUGCCAUUGGGAAAGCUGCAGAAUGCACUGAAGGUAUAACAGUAGGCACAAGAAUUGUUUUAUAUCCAUAUGAAGGUGUGCCACAUGGAUAUGCUGAUUAUAUUGUUGUGCCAGAUUUUAAAUGCUUAGUACCCGUACCAGAUGAGUUACCACUUAGUAUUGCGGCAAUGUUGCCGACAGGCGCGUUGCUGGCAACGAACACAGUACAAACGGUACGCGAAUGUUUGAACAAAAUUUUGGAUGGACCGAACAAAAAGGACAAAGCGACGGUGUUGAUUGUGGGAACUGGUGGUCUAGCGCUUUGGGCAUUGCGUAUUGCUUCUCACUACUUUAAACAAUUGCCAUACCAUAGCCGCAUUCGCAUAUCAGUUGCAACUUUGAAAGACGAAGGGAUUGUCUUAGCCAAAGAAGACGAAGAAAUAAAGGUAGUGCAGUGGUCUGAGGACCUGUACGAGAAACAGCUGAUAGAGCGCACCGUAGACGCCUGCGGCGGGCUUGUCGACAUUGUUCUUAACUUUGGGACGACCUCCCGCUCGCUGCAUCGCUCGUUGCAGUGCCUUGCUCCGGGCGGGAUGGCGCUCGUAACAGAAGAGGUUGGCGAAAAGUUACUGCCAAAGUUUGCAAAGAAAGCCGAAGAUAUGAAUGUAAACAUUGUGAUUGUUCCCAAUGGAAGUAUUGAACAACUUCAGGAGCUGGUACAAUUGGUUGCAAAAGGGGAGAUCGAGCCGCCGCCGCACUCAGUUUACCCUGCAGAGGAAGCCCAAGAAGUUGUGAGAAAACUUUGCAAUUCCGAAAUAAAAGGUCGUGCCAUACUCAAAUUUCACAACGUUGAUUGAAUUAUUUCAAUUUGAAGCUCUUGACCAAAGUUUGUAUUUAGGUUUAUUUAAGAUUAUUUGAAUUAUUACGUCGGUGGAUUGAAAACGCAAAGUAUACGAUGGUGUUUUAAUCGUGUCUCAAUCCAAAGAUAUAACUUUUUUUUUUUUUUAAUUAUUUUCACAUGAAUUAAAUAUUAAUCAAGAUUUUUAUAAUUUUUAUCAUAAAUUUGUUAAAUUGUUUUCACAUAUCAAAAAAGAAUUUAUUUAAAUUUUACGUUUAGAUUAAAAAGGCAAUGUUAAAAUGACAUGUUUUUAAAAGUAAGACUAAAUAACCAAUGUCGGUUAUUUACCAAUACAAACAUAUUAAAGGAAUAUAUAUACCGAUUGUUUGUAGUUCUUCUUGAUCAUGUAUGUUUCGUCACUAAAUGUGUGAGAAACUUAAUUUUUACGCUUAGGGUAUAGUUACAACUCAAUUAUCAAUGUCACGAACUGUUUUUAUGAAUAAAUAUUAAUUGUAGUUUAAUAGUUGAUAGAUCUAAGGUACAUAACGUUUGUAAAUCACCUUUUCAUGUCUUAUAAAAACAUGCAAUGUAACAUUAUUACAACAAAAAUGAUUAUAAUAUGUAUGAGCUUAUAAUUUUUAGCAUAUUUUUUUUUUUAUAAAAUCUAAAAUUCUGUUUGUUUCUUGCCGUCCAUCAAGAGCGCAUAUAGGAAAACGAAAAGAUUGAUACAAUUUAGUUAUUAAUAUAUGUUUUAGAAUUAAAUUGACCUUUAAAUACCGCGUAACACGAAAUUUGCUAUUACAUAAUAAAUUUUAUCCAUACUUUCAAAUAACUUCUAUAGUAAUUGCAAUUUCACUUUUAUUCCUUAGCCUUCGUUUUAUAUUAAAAUUUUAAACAUAUUGAAGAGUAAUGUAUGUUUGCUUUUAUGUGAAUAACAUAUACAUAGCAAGAUGUAAACCAUCAGACAGAAAUAUUUCGUAUUUUUAUAUAUUUAUACUUUAUCAACUGAUAUUGCCUUCUUUAAGUUAUACACAUAUAACUUAAAGAAUAAAUAAUUAUCUUUACUACAGUAUUUUUGCUUAGUAUUUCAGUACCACGAAAGAAUUGUGUAGACUUUUAAGUAAUACAAUAUUUUAAGCUGUAUGUUAAAUAUAAAUAUCUCUGUGAUGUCAAGCAAAAAUCUCGCAAGUUUCAAUAAAUAUAUUUAUUAUAUUUUUUAAUAAAAUUAUUAUAUUUUUGAUUCCAUAUAUGGUAACAAAUAAAAAAGUAUUAAUGAAAUUAAAUUUAUAGUCACAAAUUAAUUGUGUUGUUAAUUCAAACAAAAUCAUUCACGUUUUCUAGUCAGCAAUGUGUUUAUAAUACGUACUAUAAUAGACGAAGUUUUUUUGGAUUUUUUAUUGUUUUAGAAGUACAUAUUCUUUUUAAUUAUACAUAACUUUAGAAAUAAGACUACAACAUAUUACUCCUAGUAUUAAGAGUUUAAACUAACUGUGAGUUUUAAAUAUAAUUUAAAAUAAAUUAACCUUCAC